AGAACAGUUUAGUCUAAUAUCAUCGUCAAGAUCAGGAGGGAGAGUUCGAACAAACUUCUCCAUUUAGACAACAAAGUCAACAACCGGGAUUGACUGGGGAGAGAUGGCAAACCCCAGAGAUAAUAUUAAUAAAAAGCAAGAGCCAAUCCAUCCCAGAGAAUUAGAGAGGAGGGUAAAAGCCAGAGAAUUAGAGAGUGGGUAAUGGCGAUGGAGAUUUUUCCAGGUCUUCCAGAUGACAUUGGCAGAAGGUGUUUGCUGAGAGUGCCGCGCACUUCACACUACACGUUGGCUCUUGUUUGUAAAACUUGGAAAAACAUUGUAUGCAGCCCACUCUUCUAUCAAGACAGAAAGAGGACUGGUCUGUCUCAGGAGUUGAUCGUACUAUGUUGGAGGGACAGCCAAACAGAUCAUAACAUUUGCAGAAUAAAGCUUUACGACCCUCUCCAAAACUCAUUUGAAACCCUGCCGCCAUUUCCAUAUUCUUCAAGUUUCUUCAACUGUGUUGCCUUCGACCACAAAUUGUUCUUCAUGGGCGUUCGUACCAGCUGGCCCCAUUCCACGAUUCAAAAAGCACUUGUCAUCUACGAUUUUUCUUCUGGAUUAUGGAAGCGAGGUCCCGACCUUCCCGAUUGCAGAUAUGAGUUCUGCCGUUCGCUGGACUCAGCUAAAGGAUUGAUUUACAUUGCUGGAGGACAAGACAGUGAUAAUAAAGAAUUACGGACAGCCAUAGUUUAUGAUAUCGAGGAUGAGAAAUGGGAGUAUCUUCCUUCCCUGAAAUCGGAUUACCUUCCUCCUCUAUGUUGGAGAAAUGGCAGUGUAUGUAUUGAUGACAAGUUUUAUGUGGUGAGCCAUUGGGAGAAGUAUAUACAGGCUUAUGAUCCCAACACAAGACAAUGGAGCACCAUAAGCACUUCCUAUGAUGGCAGUAGUCAGGUUUGUUUGGCUGCGUUUGGCCGGAUAUAUCCCAUAUUAUGUAGGAAUAUCAUAAGGCGGGGUUUUCUGGAAAACCAAUCAAGCGUAGCAUGUAUAGGACCGCCUGCUAUUCAACUCUGCUUAAUUCUUGGUGUUACAAUGUGGCAUCAACAGAUAUUAAUUGUUGGAGCCAAUAAGGAAGAUGUGAGGGUCUUUUAUCUGUUUGAGCCUUCAAUACAAGCAGGAGAAGAAGACAAGUGGACUCUCAUCACCACUUUGUCUAAAACAGAGCUCCCAGACGAAAUCGCUAUCAUUGGAACUAUAGCUUUGUGAUUUAUGCAAUUGAAAUAUUUCAGUGUUGUAAUGAUUUUCCCAAUCUUCGUAGAGUAAAAAAUUCAUCUAUUGUUGGGAAAAUUCAGUAUUUUGCUGAUUUCUGAAACUUUAAGAAGUAAACUUAUUUUGGGCUUUCCAAGGGUUGUAAAAUUUUAA